AUGGACUCUCCCACCCUGGGAUCGGAGCCUCUCAAAAGCUCCUCGCGGAAAGGUUUGUCUGGCAUGAACAAGGACGUCAAAGCUUGGGCCCGGUCGAGUCUGAGCUGCCAGCGCAACAAGGUGCAGCGUCACAACAAGUCCCCACCAGGCACUUUCCCCAGUCCCGACGCACGGUUCAGUCAUGUGCACCUGGAUGUCGUAGGCCCCUUGCCUUUAUCCAAUGGUUAUACCCACCUCUUUACCUGUGUCGAUCGAUAUACCCGCUGGGCUGAAGCUAUUCAUUUGUCGAAUGUGCAGGCUGAAACCAUCGUAAAGGCCUUCGUCAGUUGUUGGGUCGCCAUGUUCGGUGCCCCAUCCACGGUUACGACUGAUCGUGGUGCCCAGUUUGAGUCGACACUCUUCCAAGCGCUACUCAAUUCCCUUGGCUGCACACGCAUUCGGACGAUAGCCUACCACCCAACUGUCGACGGUAUGGUUGAGCGUUUCCAUCGCCAGAUAAAGAUCGCCCUGCGUGCCGUAGAAGACCCAGGAAACUGGUCGGACAACCUUCCUCUUGCACGCCUUGGCAUCUGCGCAGCUCUGAAGUCGGAUCUCGGCUGUAGCGCAGCUGAAUUAGUUUUCGGUACUACCCUCCGACUGCCAGGCGAGAUGAUUACCCCAACCUCUCGUGGGGUCGAAGAGACUUCUGACAACUUUGUGCAUCGUUUGCGGCAAUUUAUGCGCUCGCUUUCUCCCGUUCCACCUAGAACUCCAAUGUCGAGGAAGACUUGGACAACUGUACUCAUGUCUUCGUCCGGUGUGACCGUGUGCGCCAGCAGCUGGAAUCACCAUACGAAGGACCGUUCCGCGUGCUCACGCGCAACGCCAAGACCUGCCGGAUUCUUCGCGGUGACAAGGAGGACGUAG